CGUGACCUUAGAAACGAGACAGAGUCCAUGUUGCGGCAAUAACAGAGACGCAAACAUCGCUAUCGCAGAACAAACGACGUGUUAUCACUAUUCGUGAUUUUUAUAAAGCUGUUAAAUUGGACUACAUUUUAAAGAAUUUGUGACAAGAUAUUGAGUAUUGCCAAGGAAAUGGGUGGGCAAAGAGAUAGAACAGCAAAUAGUCAAGGAAGUUGGCAUUCAACUGGAUACUAUGGCCAUUUCCGAAGCAAGCAUCGGAAUGACUUCAUCAAUCAAUACAGACAGCAAGCAAAACCAUCCCCACCUCAGAAGUUCCAUGAUAUGAUCACUGAUCGUCCAAGCACCCAUCACUUCUCUCAUCAUGACAAUCGAUUUUCCUUUCUCAACACUGUAGACAGUUUUCAAGGGAACCUUGGAAAAAGGAAAGUGCAGUCAAAUUAUAAGACAAAAUUCAUCCCUGACUUUAUUGCAUGGGUGCCACACAAGAAAGAAUUAGAGGAGGCAGGCCCCAAAGUUUCAAGCUACAGAGAGACCUUCAAGAGUGAUGAUCCAUCUCGUGUCCCACAGAUCUUAGUACCUAGUGUCAGGGCCCCUCGGCCUCCCCCUGACCCAAACCGAAGGCCUUUGCUCAAUACACCUUACAUUGACAAGAAGACUGCCGAGGAUGAGCUUGAACCACUAUCUACUACCUAUCAGCUGACACACAGGCAUUCUCAACCAAAUAGAAUGAUCAAUACCAACAUGAACACAGGAACAGUAGAUCAAGAUCAAGUACCAGAUCAAAAAACUAUGAGCUUCAUCAAUCCAAAGAUUGCUUCAGUCCAUGAGAAUCCUGUUCAAUCAGUGACUAGGUUACGUAGAUCAAGGAUAACCUCUGCCCCAGCCUUCAGAUCAAGUGUUGCAGAUUGCAUGAUUUGGCAUAGUCAUGGGGACAAUGAGCAGGUCCAUGUGCUGCCUGUUCGGAGGGAGCGUCCAAAAACUGUCAUAGGGCUUUUACCAGAAGUCCCAAAUGAUGAUAGGAAUGACCCAUCAGUGAAUGGAACACUACCAAGAUUAGUUCAAUCAGGACCUAGUCAUUCCUCUCACUUUGGUGUAACCCCAUCUGCAACAUCAACAGUUCCAAUGGAGGCGAUGACUUCAUCAAUGAUUACAGAUACUGAUUACUCACAUCAAGGAGCUGCCCAAGCAUGUGAUAAACAAGCACUGAUGAGUGACAGCAUAUGACCUAUUUAGAACUUGUUUUGCCCUUCUGACAAAACUAAAGUCAGCUCUUUACUCAGUUGAGUUAUAUUAAAAAUAUCCUGGACUCAUGGCUGUUAGUGAUUCCUGAGUAAAGAUAUGAAACAAAAUUAAGGAACAAUUACCGUAUCAAAGCAUUCAGAUAAGGCAAGGCACAUCACCUCACUUAUGUUAAUAAAUGUGCACUAUAUGCUUCCAAGUCUCAAAGCAAUCCAAAGGUGCACAAACUCAUGACACCAUGCCCUUAUAAUUUCAUGAGCUAAGUGAUAUGAUGUAAUAAUGGUUUCAUUAUUACAUCAUGAGUUAUGAUAUUGUUGAAUGGUGUCAUGAGUUAAUCUAUAAAAUACAAGACAAUGUGCGCCAACUUGUUUUAAUUUCUGCUAAAUUUUCAUCAGUGUUUCAAUGGUCCACAUUUUACUGUCCCUUGUAACAAAGAAAUGCCCCUUACCCCUACAAUAAUGUUGAGACCUAUAUGUCAUUGGCUUUUGUGUCACCCCAUGUCUUCAAGGACAAG